AUGCACUCAAUGUCCGAGUACUUGCAAGCUUGGCCUGAGUUUGAUACUUUGGGUGAUUACGCGUUGACUUUCGAUGUACUUGGAGACGCUAUCGACGCUGGUACCCACGGUGCUCAUGGUGCUCCCGAUGAACCCGUCGCACCCACACAGGACAAGCCACCGAAAAAGAGACGCAGGAAAAGAAAUAGUAUCACCAAACCGUUGAACGCUUGGCUAAUAUUUCGGAACGAAUUUCAGGACAAGCUGAAAGCUGAAGGAUGUGAAGUGAAGGCCGUCGGCCAAGUUUCGAGUUUGGCCUCGGCAGAGUACUCCAAGCUCACGAAAGCGCAGCGCGACCGUUAUAACUAUUUGGCGAAUAUCGAGACUGAAAACCACAAGCUCCAAUACCCUGGCGUCAAGCUCACGCGUCGCGCAAAACCAAAAAAGCAAAAGCAGAAGGAGCAGGGGCAAAAGCAAAAGCAGGUGGAGAACGAUCAGGAGUGUGUAGGAAAUAACACACACCUUGAAGAUAAGACAAACCGUUGCACAGAAUCUGCCGUUCCAGAUGGAUUGUCCGGCAUCGACAAAACUAUCAGCGCGAUGCUUAACGACUUUUCCAUAGAUGAUAUGCAUUCACAGCCAGCAAAUGUUCAGAUGGUAAACUCUUGCCAGGUGGAUCCAUCUCAGCUUCGCCCAAAGCUUUGGCCACCUAAACCACGCUCAAUCAAGCCACCUGAGACGGACUAUAACGACACGCCCUUUGGAUGCUUUGCCGAUGAAGACCCACCAAACUUUGAGCGCUCGUACUCUUUGAUUCCCUGA